GUGACGUAGAAAGAGCGCCGUGCUGAAGCUUGCGCCCAGUCUGCGGGUAGAAAUCGGGACUCCCCUCCCGUAGUCAUGGUACAUUGCGGUGGCGUGUUGUUCAGAAAGUAUGGAAAUUUCAUUGAUAACCUAAGACUCUUCACCAAAGGCGGAAGUGGUGGCAUGGGUUAUCCUCGCUUAGGUGGAGAAGGUGGAAAAGGUGGUGACGUCUGGGUUGUGGCUAAAAAAAAAAUGACUUUAAAACAACUGAAAGAUAAAUAUCCUCAGAAACGGUUUGUGGCUGGAGGAGGAACAAACAGUCGGAUUAGUGCACUGAAAGGUUCCAAAGGAAAAGAUUGUGAAAUCCCUGUACCUGUUGGUAUUUCAGUAACUGAUGAAAAUGGUAAAAUUAUAGGAGAACUCAAUAAGGAGGAAGACAGAAUUUUGGUAGCUGAAGGUGGCCUUGGUGGUAAACUACUUACAAAUUUCUUACCACUGAAAGGCCAGAAACGAGUGAUUCACCUUGACCUAAAACUUAUAGCUGAUGUAGGACUAGUUGGAUUCCCAAAUGCUGGUAAAUCCUCUUUGCUAAGUCAGAUUUCUCAUGCAAAACCUGAAAUUGCAGAUUAUGCUUUUACAACAAUAAAGCCUGAACUUGGAAAAAUUAUGUAUGACGAUUUCAAACAGAUAUCAGUAGCUGAUCUCCCAGGUUUGAUAGAAGGAGCACAUAUGAAUAAAGGAAUGGGCCACAAAUUCCUGAAGCACAUAGAAAGAACUAAACAACUACUUUUUGUUGUUGAUAUUUCUGGAUUUCAGCUUUCUUCUGAAACUCAGUACAGAACUGCUUUUGAAACCAUAUUGCUGCUUACAAAAGAGUUGGAGUUAUACAACGAGAAACUUCAGAUGAAACCAGCGCUCCUGGCAGUUAAUAAAAUGGACUUGCCAAAUGCCGAAGAUAAAUUUCAUGAAUUGAUGAGCCAGCUUCAGAAUCCCAAAGAUUUUCUGCGUUUAUUUCAAAAGAACAUGAUUCCAGAGAGGACUAUGGAGUUCCAAAAUAUUAUCCCUGUAUCUGCUAUUACUGGAGAAGGAAUUGAAGCAUUAAAGAACUGUAUAAGGACAUCACUAGAUGAACAUGCCAGCCGGGAAGAUGAGGCAUAUUCUAAGAAACAGUUGCUUAAUUUGCAGGUUUCUAAUACAGUAUCUUACAGUGUGCAGUCAUUAAAGCACGCUGUCACUAGUUCCAGAAAGGAUAUAACUUAACUCUGGUAAAAAUGGUAUUGGCAAAUUAAUAUGUGCUCCAAAGAGAAGGAAAUCAUGUCAUUUGUGACAGCAUAACUAAACCUAGAAAACAUUAUUAUGUUAAGAGAAAUAAGCCAGUCACAGACAAAUACCACAUGAUCUCACUUAUGUGUAAUCUAAAAUAUUUGUUCAUAAAUGCAGAUGGAGGGGAUAGAGAGAUGGAGAAGGGAGAGAUAUUAGUUGAAAGAAAAAUUUUUUAUUUUUUGGCACUGGGAAUCAAACUCUGGUCCUUGCACUUGCAAGGUAGG